ACUCGGCUCGCAGAAUCUGAAAUUCAUGAAAUUAGGUCACCCUUCCGAAUUCUCUUCUUAUUUUUUCCUGAAUUACUCGUGUUAUUUCUCAUCCUAGAAGUAUGACAACUGCCAAAUGUGUACUUGAGGGUGAAGUGAAGGGUACAAUCACCUUCGUUCAGAAUGCUGGUGAGGUGACUGUUUCAGGGGAGGUGACUGGGUUGUCGCCAGGAAAUCAUGGCUUCCAUGUCCAUCAGUUUGGUGACUAUUCCACAGGUUGUACUGGUACUGGGGGUCAUUUCAAUCCACAUGGAAAGGAGCAUGGAGCGCCAUCUGUCGAAAAUAGGCAUGUUGGUGAUCUAGGCAACAUCACAGCUGGUGAUGAUGGGAAGGCUGCAGUCAACAUUACAGACAAACAAAUCACUCUGACUGGUGAACACUCCAUCAUUGGUAGAGCGAUUGUGGUCCAUGCUGGUGAGGAUGAUUUGGGUCUUGGUGGCCAUGAUGACAGCAAGACAACCGGACAUGCUGGUGGACGUCUUUCAUGCGGCGUCAUUGGUAUUGCAAAGUAAACGACACUUGUGAUAUGUUAUCAAUUCAGAGGCAGACAUUUUGUUUAACAACAAAGACCAGGGACCCAACUCGACCCAAUGAUUACAUGUAACUUAUUUUACAGGUGAUAUGGCUAAGGCUUAGGUCUCCUUACCAAAUCAUUCUUGGUCUUUAAAGGAUAGCCCUCACUAGAUGUAGAUAAUUAUUGUAAAUAAUGAAAGUAUGAUCAUUGAGUAUUUCAUUGCAAGUCAUCUUAAAGAACAAUAUACUCUGAAAUAAGAUUUAAUUGGUCAUCAUGUGCUAAUUAGUGAUUGGUUCAUUACACUGUAAUAUUGAUGUUCAACUAAGUAAGGAAAGAAUUUGAAAAUUGAAUGGAAUGUACCAUACUUGUGAUUCCCAAAGCUGUGUGAACUAGAUUCGAAACUCUAAUUGACCAGUUGAGUUGCUCAUAUUCAAUAUGUUUGGUGGUUGUCACUGAAUCACCAUAUCAUUCCUCAAUCCUCAAUCUCUUUUGUAAUACAGUCCAACCACUGUGAUUCUUAGUCCCAUUUGUCAUUGUACUAACAAGUGAACAUCAAUCAUGUAACCAAAAAUAAAUGGCUGUUUGAUAAUUUGAAA